CUGAACCCCUUUUUCCAUCGUCCAUGUAAAAUUGCCAAAUCGAAAUGAGCAAAGUUCAUUCGCAAAUACUUGCUAUAUGUGAAAUCUGGCCGGUGAUUCCAUAGGUAGUUCUCGAAAGGUUAUGCGAACUCCCGACCGUAUAAGCGAGAGUGCAGUUGUACCGCAUGUCGACGGAUGUAUGUCGAGGCUCAUGAAGAAUGGCGUAAGCUAUAUUCCCAUUUUCUGCUCGAUUAAAGUUUUUUCUUUCUUAAAAGCAUGGCGGAUAUCGAAUUGAAAGUUAUCCAGUCGUCCGACAGGGUGGAAAAUGGCAGCGACUCGGGUGAGGGAACGAGCGAUAUAGUGGAAGCGAAUGAGAAGCCCUCCACAAAGACAGAAGGCACAAUCGCUUUCAGCGCGGGGUCGUCAUCACUUCAAUACUCAGAUCAAGGCUCUCCUCAAUCCGACGCCCCGAAAAUUUGAUCUCAGGAGAAGGGGAAGCAACCAGCGGCACGAGAGACGCAAUCGAUUGCAGAUGAGCGAAAUACCUCACAGCAACUGACCCAACAAAACAUAAAGGGAAAGAGUUGGAAGUGGAUCAUGAGGCAUCAGGGGUAUCGGAACCACUUCUCAAACCAGGAAAGUUCCUAAGGUAUGCUGGAAAGGUUUAGUUGGAACAAUGUGCUAAUUUUUAUUAUUUUCAGACGAGGCAGCUGAAUCCGAAGUAUGGGUUAAUGAGCCUAUCCCAACACGAUCUAGGUAUGCGGACACAUGCGAGUCCAAAAAGCAACGGCAGAUUCAGGAUGAAAUUCCCGCCCCAGCACCUACCCCAGAGCUGCAACGGCUGGUCUCAUACAGCACAAGGAGUUUAGAGGAAGGGAGAUACAGGGAAGAGCCGGAUGAACAGAAGUUACAGCACGAUUCUGUACAACUUACACAGCAAAAUUCUGUUACUGGAACAUCCGAUGUCACUGGUGGGAGAAAGGGCAAGUCUUGUUGGAGCCCCAAAGAGAGGUUUUUUGAUCACCCUGCCAACGAGUUUCUCCCUGUUCACCUUCCAGAAGUUGCUCUCUUCAUCCGUUCAUCCGAAAGAUUUCUAGCCGGGACUGACAUGGCUCUGGGAGAUUCACUUCAGAUCGAUGACCUGGAUACUGUAUCGCUGAAGACAAUUGGAAAUCUCGAGAUUUUCUGGACAGACUACAUAGGGAAACAUCUUUCUUUAGACCCUGCUACUAGGAAAUUAUAUCUUGCAUGGACAAGAAUGGAAGACGGGUGAAGCUUUGGAAAAUUGCAAGAAGCGUGGUAAGAAUUUCUUGUACGCUACGUUUUGUCCGAGACUGAAAGAUUCAAGGCUCGGCAUGAGUGAUAUUUCCCCAUUUCGACCUGGUCAAUCACCAUUGAGUGUAUUGAAUGAAAAUAUUGCCGUUUCUUGGGGGAUGAUAUUCUCAAAACAAUACACAAAAAGGGAGAAGUAUUUCCACAAAGUAUUGCAAUUCCUCCAUUUAUCCGAGGAUCGGAAACGGAAGCUAAAACGCCAAUACGAAAAAAUAUCUUUCGACGACAGUGAACUUUCAGUGUUCCAUGGAGAUUACUUGAUGUUUCCAUGGCAAUGUUUCCUUCGCAACUCCGCACAUAUGACUGUUGACGAGUUCGAUAUGAUCCGUUCAUAUCAUGCAACGGCCAGAGGGUCGUGGAUCUCGUCGCUGAGUGCGGUGAAUAGCGCCCAAAAUAAAUUUGCCUUAAAAUAUUCAGACUUUGGCCUCUUAGAAGAUCGGGUUCGUCAGCUGAGACAUUACAUGGACAAUCAGAAGCCUCGAGGGAUUCGACAACUUUGGAGAGACAGGAGAGAUGCGUUGAAUUAUUCUACAUUUUGUGGGUGAUAAUUUUCGGAGCGUUAAGCGUGUUUCUAGCCUUUGCAUCUCUUUC